GCAACUGGCAACAAUCAUCAUCACCGCUGGCAGUGAGAAGUGCAGGCAACGCCACCGUGCGUGAAAAUUAUGUUUACACACCGUGCCCUGUGACAAUUAGGCCAGGCCAGACCAGAGAAACGACGCCAAUCGGAGCUGUUGCUGGUGCACACACCCCCGUAAGCACACGCUGUAAGCGAACCCGCCAAUCAAUCUGCGAGAAGAACGCCAUCCCGCGUCCGCUAUGAACGUCAACAGCGGGGGUAGCAGCAACCAUAGCAUCGGCAACCAUCACACCCUCAACAGUAGCAACCUCCUCAGCAGCAACACCAACAAUCAACACCACGCCAACAGCCAUGGGCAGCAACAGCAGCAGCAGCAAACGAACCGGAUCAGCCGCAGCAGUACCCGAAAGAAGCCUUUCCACUUCAUUUCCAACAUGUGGAAGAUGAAGAAAAUCAUCAAGUUUGAGGAUAUUAUGUUCCACCGUGAGAUGAACUGUCGGGCUAGAUCGGAACCAUCAGUGUCUACCUACAACUGCACCAGCAAGGGUUCCCAACGGAAGUCAUCGCCCUCGUUCUCGAUGCUGAGCCUGUCCCCGGGGAAGUUCCAGAAGUCGGAUGAACUGGAGGUGACGCGCCUACGGUUAUCACGCAAUGAUAACCCCUUCGUCCAGAAGGUCCUGGCCAGCCGGGACAACGUGACGGACGUAAUCGAUGACACCGAGUCCGAUGACGCCAUUUUGAUACUGAUGUCCGAUGAAUUUAAUGGCGAAACGGAAACCGAUCCACUAGCAUUGCCACAGGUGCACGAGCACAUGAUACGGUCACCACCGCCGACCUUUUGGCCCCGUUCGCAAAAGACUGUGUUUAACUUUGGCGGCGAGGAGCGAACGCGAACCGGCGGUUCCGAAGGCAUGCCGGGGGGAUCGAAACACCAGCGGGCCAACCAGUGCAACUACUGAGGCGGAAGUGCUGUGCUACUACUAAACUGCUACUACCAGUGAAGAAGGAAUGUCGUACAUGUGAGCACGGGAAAGUGGGAGGAAAGGAGGAGUACCUUACGCGAUUCUGCAAACCACAAAUGCAAUUACAGUACGGCCAAACCGACACACACAAUGUUGGACCGUACACAGAGGGUUCUUAUUUUAGCCAAAACCAGUUGAGCGCAUCCAAUUUAAAUCAAAAGAAAAAACAGAGGUUCGCAUUUAUUCCAUCUCGGACACGGUAAAAUAUGAAACGUUUCUUUACCAUUACUUGUUACAACGUUUAUUAGUCAAUAUAUAAGUGAUUUGUUUACGCAAAACCAAAGCAUCCCCGUAUUUGGAGCACGUGUCAAGAGCGUGGAAUUAUUUCAACGAUUUUGUGUUGUGCCACGUUUGGUUAAAACAAUGACAAGCCGACCAUUUAACGAUCAGUAAGACUGAUCUUAAGUUUACCUCUAAUCUCUAUAAAGUUAUAAAUUAAAUGUAAGGAUGGAAAACUGGGUAUGAUGUAGCACGCGUUGGCGUAUUCGUUAUUAAUCCUCGUAUCUACUCGAAAAUUUUAGUGAAAUGAUAUUUUUGUACAAAGAACGGUUAUCUCGCCCGAGCGUCCGAAAUUCGUAGUGUUUGAAAUUUCAUAUACCGAAUAAAGUUUCAAAAAAAAU